UCCCUAAGCCCCCUCCUGCCCCUACCGUCCCAGACUACUACAACCGCAGCUGCGGCCACCCGCCACCCCCUUCGAACCGAGCCCGAGCAGCGCCAGGGAGGUCACGGCGGAGGUCAAAGGGUAAAGGUCCUGCUCCCAGCAGCCUCCGCGGUUGAUACGUCGCCAUCUUGGAUCCGCGGGACAAGAAAAUUCAUGCGAGGGAGAACUUGGUGGGCGGUCCUUCCUGUGACACGACCCUUGAGUGACAGUUCUGUUUGAUUGCCUCCAGUACUGUGAGGAAAGGACACGACUCUAUGGUGAGGACUGAUGGACAUACAUUAUCUGAGAAAAGAAACUACCAGAUGUGUGCUUUCCAAUGUCCAGAUCUGCAAGUGGUGAAAGAAGUUACAAAGGUGACAAACAGCAUGUUUGGUGCUUCAAGAAAGAAGUUUGUAGAGGGCGUCGACAGUGACUACCAUGAUGAAAACAUGUACUACAGCCAGUCUUCGAUGUUUCCACAUCGGUCAGAAAAAGAUAUGCUGGCAUCACCAUCAACAUCAGGUCAGCUGUCUCAGUUUGGGGCAAGUUUAUACGGGCAACAAAGUGCACUGGGCCUUCCAAUGAGAGGAAUGAGCAACAAUACUCCUCAGUUAAAUCGCAGCUUAUCACAAGGAACUCAGUUACCAAGCCACGUCACGCCAACAACAGGGGUACCAACAAUGUCGCUUCACACACCUCCAUCUCCAAGCAGGGGUAUAUUACCUAUGAAUCCUAGGAAUAUGAUUAACCACUCCCAGGUUGGUCAAGGUAUUGGAAUUGCCAGCAGGACAAAUAGCAUGAGCAGUUCAGGGUUAGGUAGCCCUAACAGAAGCUCGCCAAGCAUAAUAUGUAUGCCAAAGCAGCAACCCUCUAGACAACCUUUUACUGUGAACAGUAUGUCUGGAUUUGGAAUGAACAGGAAUCAGGCAUUUGGAAUGAAUAACUCUCUAUCAAGUAACAUUUUUAAUGGAACAGAUGGAAGUGAAAAUGUGACAGGAUUGGACCUUUCAGAUUUUCCAGCGCUAGCAGAUCGAAACAGAAGGGAAGGAAGCGGUAACCCAACUCCAUUAAUAAACCCCUUAGCUGGAAGAGCUCCUUAUGUUGGAAUGGUAACAAAACCAGCAAGUGAGCAAUCCCAGGACUUUUCAAUACACAAUGAAGAUUUUCCAGCAUUGCCAGGCUCCAGCUAUAAAGACCCAACAACAAGUAAUGAGGACAGUAAAUCUAAUUUGAAUACAUCUGGUAAGACAUCUUCAAGUACAGAUGGACCCAAAUUCCCUGGAGACAAAAGUUCAACAACACAAAACAAUAACCAGCAGAAAAAAGGGAUCCAGGUGUUACCUGAUGGUCGGGUUACUAACAUUCCUCAAGGGAUGGUGACGGACCAAUUUGGAAUGAUUGGCCUGCUGACAUUUAUUAGAGCAGCAGAGACAGACCCAGGAAUGGUACAUCUUGCAUUAGGAAGUGACUUAACAACACUAGGCCUCAAUCUCAACUCUCCUGAAAAUCUCUAUCCCAAAUUUGCAUCACCCUGGGCAUCUUCGCCUUGUCGACCUCAAGACAUAGACUUCCACGUUCCAUCUGAGUACUUAACGAACAUUCACAUUAGAGAUAAGCUGGCUGCAAUAAAACUGGGCCGAUAUGGAGAAGAUCUACUAUUCUAUCUCUAUUACAUGAAUGGAGGAGACGUAUUACAGCUUUUAGCAGCAGUAGAGCUUUUUAACCGAGAUUGGAGAUAUCACAAAGAAGAACGAGUAUGGAUUACCAGGGCACCAGGCAUGGAGCCAGCAAUGAAAACCAAUACAUAUGAGAGGGGAACAUAUUACUUCUUUGACUGUCUUAACUGGAGGAAAGUAGCUAAGGAGUUCCUUCUGGAAUAUGACAAAUUAGAAGAAAGGCCUCAUCUGCCAUCAUCCUUCAACUAUAACCCUGCUCAGCAAGCCUUCUAAAGACUUCCCUUUUCUUGGGGUAUGGCUGUCUCAGCACAAUACUCAACAUAACUGCAGAACUGAUGUGGCUCAGGCACCCUGGUUUUAAUUCCUUGAGGAUCUGGCAAUUGGCUCAUGCAAAGGGUCACCAUUUGAGGUCCUGCCUUACUAAUUAUGUGCUGCCCAACAACUAAAUUUAUAAUUGUUUUUCUCUAGUUUGAGCAGGGUCUGAUUUUUUUUUUUUUUUUUUUUUUUU